ACUCAUAUUUGGCUUAGCGAAUCCAGAGAGAAGCAAACAUUGAAACAAUUAUGUUGGCUUCCAUGGCCAACCGAGGAGCCUCUUCUUCUUCUGCUUCUUUCACCAAAUCAUGGAAAUACCAUGUCUUUCUGAGCUUCAAAGGCGAAGACACGCGCCACAACUUCACAGACCAUUUGUAUAGCGCUUUAUGUCAACAAGGCAUUAACUCCUUCAGGGAUGAUGAUGAGCUCAUAAGAGGAGAAGAAAUAUCAAGUGCGCUUUUCACAGCAAUUGAAGAAUCAAAGAUUUCUGUCGUUGUGUUCUCUAAAAACUAUGCCUCUUCAAAGUGGUGUUUGGAUGAACUUGUUAAGAUUCUUGACUGCAAGAAAUCAAAACAACAACUGGUCAUACCAGUUUUUUACAAGGUGAAUCCAUCAGAUGUACGGAAUCAGAGAGGUAGCUUCGGGGAUGCACUGGCUAACAUGGAGUGCAAAUACAAAGAAAACAUGCAGAAGGUCAACAAAUGGAGGGCAGCUCUUUCACAAGUAGCAUCUUUGUCAGGGUUCACUUUGGACGAGCGUCAAUCUGAAUAUGAGUUUAUCCAAAACAUUAUUGAGGAGAUUUCAAAACACGUAUUAAACACCGUGUGUUUGGAAGUGGCAGAGCAUCCAGUUGGAAUGCAAGCUCAAGUACAAGUUAUGAAUGAGCUACUAGAUUUGGGGGAAAGCGAUGUUCGUAUGAUAGGUGUGUGGGGAACUGGUGGAAUAGGUAAGACCACAAUUGCUAAAGCUGUUUAUAAUUCAAUUGCCCACAAAUUUGAGAGUUGUUCCUUUUUGGCAAACGUUAGAGAAAGGUCAACGUCGCAUGAAGGUUCAGUCGGAUUACAAGAGAAUCUUCUUUCUGACAUUCAAAGGGUAAAAAAUUUGAAGGUGACCAAUGUUGAUAAAGGAGUCACUAUGAUAAAGGAAUGGUUGAGUCGUAGAAAGGUUCUCUUGGUUCUUGAUGACGUGGAUGACAUGGAACAGUUACACAAGUUAGUUGGGGCACGUGAUUGGUUUGGUGUAGGCAGUAGAAUUAUCAUAACAACAAGGGAUAAGCAACUGUUAACUGCUCAUGAGGUUAAUUUAAUACAUGAGGUCAAGAUUUUAGAUGAUGAUAAAGCUCUUGAGCUCUUCUGUUGGCAUGCCUUCAAAACAAGUGGGCCUCCUUUGGGUGAUUAUGUGAAACUUGCAGAACGUGCAAUACGCUAUGCUCAAGGCCUUCCUUUGGCUUUGAAAGUUCUCGGUUGUUGUCUAUGUGGUGGAAGUAUAGAUAAAUGGGAACAUGCAUUGGAUGGUUUCAAAAGCAAGAAAAUUCAAGAUGUUCUCAAAAUAAGUUACGAUACCUUGGAUGAUAUUGUCAAGGAGGUUUUCCUUGACAUCGCAUGUUUCUUUAAGGGUAAAAGUAGAAACUAUGUGAUAGAAACACUAGAAGCUUGUGACCUCAGCCCUAGGUAUGGUAUUGAAGUACUCAUUGAAAAGGCCCUCAUAAGUGUUGAACAUGGAGAUUAUAUUCGGAUGCAUGACUUAUUAGAAGAGAUGGGUAAGGACAUAGUUGAGCAAGAGUCGCCCACUGAAGCCGGAGGACGUAGCAGAUUGUGGUUUCAUGAAGAUGUCGAGCAUGUUCUGACUAAUAAUACUGGGAAAAAAAAAAUCGUAGCCAUCAUGUUAAAUUCUCCUAAAAAGGAUUAUGAGAUAUUCUUGGAUGUUGACUGCUUCUCGAAGAUGAAAAAUCUUAAAAUUUUCAUGAACUAUAACGUAUGUCUUUCUGGAGACAUUGGUUGUCUCCCAAACAUGUUGAGAGUGCUUGAUUGGUAUAGAUGUCCGCUCCAAUCUUUUCCACCCAAUUUUCGUCCAAAGGGACUAGGGUUGCUCAAUCUGCCUUACAGCCGCAUCAAACAACUAGGGGAGGGAUUGAAGCAUUUGACAAAGUUGACAUCUUUGAAUUUAAUGGGCUCUGAAUUCCUAACUGAAAUCCCCGACCUAUCCGGCAGCCCAAACUUAAGGUACUUGAAUGCGAGUUGUUGUGAAAGUUUGGUUGAGGUUCAUCCAUCUGUUGGAUAUCUUGAUAAACUUCAAUAUUUGGCCUUUGCUGGCUGUCGUGAACUCACCAAGUUUCCAAAUAAAGUUUGCUGGAAAUAUCUGGAAUAUUUGGGUCUUAGCGGUUGCACAAAGUUGGAGAGUUUACCAGAAAUUGUGGACAAAAUGGAAUCCUUAAUUGAAUUGGACCUUGGGAGAACUGCUAUAAAAGAAUUGCCUUCCUCAAUUGGACAUCUAACUACACUUGAAAAGUUAUGUUUAGAAAGAACUGCAAUAGAAGAGUUGCCUUCAUCAAUUGGAGAUUUCACUGCGCUUGAAAUUUUAAAUUUAGAAGGAUGUGAAAACCUUGCAAAUCUGCCACAAAGUAUUUAUGAGUUGCAAAAUCUCACAUAUUUAAACCUGAAUCGAUGCCUGAAACUUGUCACACUUCCAAAUAAAUUGAUCUCUAAAGUUUUAUCGAGUGCAGAAUCACUUCCUCUAUUUUCAUUAUGGAUGCAAGAGUGCAAUGUAUCAUACAUUAAUUCCUUGGAGAAUUUUUGUUGCUGGUUGAACUUUAAUGAUAUUGAUCUAUCCAAAAGCAAUUUUGUCAGUCUUCCUGUGUGCAAAUUUGUCAACUUGAAGAUGCUUAAUUUGAGUGGUUGCAAGAAGCUUGUAGAAAUUGUAGGACAACUUCCAGCGUCUAUAGAAAUUAUCAAUAUGGCUGAUUGCAUAUCACUGGAAAGAUUUCCAACAUUGUCAAAGAUAUUGGAAGACGAAGACAUGCAACAUAUUCAGUACAUGAAUUUGUCCAAUUGCCAUAGGCUAUGCGAUAAUAUAGGGUUGGACGCUGCAAAGAUGGCAAAUAUUUUAGUGAAUCAGGUGACGCAGCAGUCAAUACCGAACAUUUUAUUAAUGUUUUACUUCCAGGCAGUGAAGUUCCAGAGUCGUUGA